AUGGCGCGGACACAGCUCAUCGCGCUAAUAUUAGCGACUUUAUUUGCUCUUGUUUCUGCAAGCUCUGCUCCGACGUUCUGCAAAUGCACAUGCUUCAAGAACAGCACAAUCAUCCCGCUGGGCCCUAAAAGCCAGUCAUCAGACUCUUCAUCGAACUCGCUGCGCCUUCGCUCUCCAUUUUCCAACUCUCUAUUCGACACGGACCUUCCCGCUGCUUCUUCAGGCGACUCCUCACAGAAUAUUGGUCUAGCUCCGCGAUCGUUGUCAAAGUCAUGCUCAGAGUGCACGAAAUCAUUUUGCCUCAGUCAAGGCAUAGAUUUCUGCAAGGACGCAAAGGAGGAAAACGUUGUCACCAUGUGCUUCCAGCGAGACAGCAACAAGGACAAGAUUAUUGUGUGGGGUUUCAUCCUUGGAACAGUUGGCCUGUUGGGAUGGGCUGCUUUCAAGCGAGUUGUCGAGCUGCGGGACAAAAGAGCAAUGUCGCGGCAGGACAUUAACUAUGCACCGGUGAGCGGCGAGCGGCAAUGA